GUAAUGUGUACCAAUUAAGGUAAUUUCCGGGUAUUUGCCAAAUUAAAACCAGACUUCUGGGAGAUGUAGAUACACGGACAGAUUUCUACACGGAUUGUGUAAAGAUGAGGAGGAGGGGUGAGUAGUUGAGGAGGAGGAGGAGGAGGGAAUCCAGAUGGGAAGGAGCAGCAUCGGCGCCGCAGGAAAGAAGGAGAGAGAGGGAGAGAGACUGGAGCAGAAGACACGAAGCCUCAUCUCUGCUCGGAGAUGAAAGACACUUUUAUCACACACUGAACAAUCGGAUCUCACUUGGUACCGCAAUGUAUUUUGGUAAUGUGUGCCACAGCACUCUGCCGCCGCUGGCUCGUCCCACGCUGGGCAGGACCCAGCCCUCUCCUGACCCGAAAGCCCUCCUCCUGCUGCCUGGAUUCACUGACAUGGAUCAUAUACAUAAAGCUCUGAUUGGCCCAGGCUUCGGGCUAACGUCACACUUAAUAAGAAAGCCCAGUUCCUGCGGCGUCUGUCGUCUUAGAUUCAACUCUGAGGCUCAGGCGUCCUCCCAUUAUACCGGCACGAAGCAUGCGAAAAAGCUGUUAGCUCUGGACGCCCCAGAUUCAAAGAUCAGGACCUGUGAACCGGUCUCCAAGGAAACUGCAGUCCUGUUGUCAUCGUGCUCACGGCCCUCCAGCUCUGACACAACAUCAGGAGAGCCUUCAUCGCUGAACCCUACCUCAGAAAUGGCACCAUCAACCAGUGGCUCCACUGAAACUGUGAAAGCACCUUCUGACCCUUCCUUGUCACCCAUUUCAAGGACAACAGAGAAAGAGGCACCAAAAGAUGGAGAGGCAGAAGCUCCAGGAGAGGAGACCGAAGAAGCAAAAGCUAUACGUCUUCUGUACUGCUCUCUCUGCAAGGUGGCUGUCAACUCAGCCUCCCAGCUUCAGGCCCACAACAGUGGCACCAAGCACAAGACCAUGCUCGAGGCCAGAAGUGGCGAUGGAGCCAUCAAAUCCUUCCCCAGGAUGGGGGUCAAAGGCAAGAUGGCUGCACCAUCUGAGUCAUCGACAGGACUCCAGAAUAAAACUUUCCACUGUGAGAUCUGCGACGUGCACGUCAACUCUGAGACUCAGCUCAAACAGCACAUCAGCAGCAGGAGACACAAGGACAGAGCGGCAGGUAAACCAGCCAAGCCUAAAUUCAGCCCCUACACCCUCACCCAGCGUCACCAGAGUUUCCAGGCAAUAAGGCUGACUUUACAAAAGAACCAAGAUCUGACCAAGCCUCUGGCGUCUUGUGUCCUCCAGCGUCAGCUCUCUGUUGCCGCUGCUGCUGCCAUGGCAUCUUUGCCCCCAUUCCCUCUCCCACCUGCAUCAAACUCGAAUCCCGCCCUGUUUCACAGUCAAUCCCUCCCCCAGGCCCUGCUUCAUCCGGCACCCGGACCCAUCUGCACAACGCACACAUCUGUUCUGUUUUCCCCCUACUGACCCGGCCGAUGUCUCUAUUGCUUCUGAACUACAGCUAAAAGCAGACAUGAGGCCCGAACAAGAUGUGAUAUAAGCCAGUGCCCUUUGUACUUCACAUGCCAACAGACACCACGGGUGUCACGGACCAGAGUGGGUCAGAUUGAGGUAGCAGAUGGGCGAAAACAGAGUAUUUUGAAAUGUGAGAGAGUGUGUGAAUGCUACCGGGUGCGUGGACAGACGUAUUCAUCACAGAAGUGCAAGUUUUUGCUUUAUAUUGUAGCACUUUUGCUAAUAAUCUUUGACGCAUUAAAGAAAUUCCCUCUCUCGAAAUAUAUAUAUAUAUAUAUGUGUGUAUAUAUAUAUAUAUAUAUAUAUAAAACAAAGAUGCAGGAUAGCGAACUUCCAUGAUGAAUAUAUCUGUGUGUGUUUGUACGUGCACAUGAAUGCUAUUCAGAGCAUGCUUAAUUAUUACUUUCCAAUUUAAUAAAAAAUUCCUGGGGACGCUCACAUCAAUUGCACAAUGUUCCUACUUUUCUUUCUGUCUGAGGCUUAAUGCAUCCUCACGAGGUUAUUGUGAAAAUGCUCCAAAAAUGUGCAAUUUAUCAAAUAAAUAAGUGCAAUAACGAUUCAAGUUCAUGUCUUUGUCGGAUGGAAAUUUUAAGCAUCAAAAAGAUGAGAGCGUACCCAAGACAAAAAACAUUUGACUUUCUCAUUUCAACUCCUUGUGUACGUGUCUCCGUGUAUGUGCCGGAAUUGUUGACGCAGCCAGGUGUCGCCUCCUCUCCAGAUCAUAAAUCUCAGUAUCUGACUACGACUUAAGCUCAGUUAAUCUCCUUUGAUACUUAGCAGCACACAGAAAAUUUUUCCUAGGUUUUUUUUGUUUCAGGUAAAAAGGACACAUCCAUGGCAGGAUGUCUCCGAAGGCCCCUCCACAUAUCCUCCAGCUUCAAUCUCUGAGAUAAAUCAGUGCAGGAAUGUUACCGAUGUUAUUGUCUGUCUUUCUGAUAAGGUUUACUACACUGCAGCUGCAAGCAAUGUGGUCAGUUUGGUGCACUUAGUAUGGAUACAGUGAGUGUGUGUGUGUGCUGCAAGAGUACCCCUCGUCAUAUUUUCUUUCAUCAGACACCAAACUGGAUUAAUUUGUUAGAUGUUUUACUUCUGUCUCCUGCAGUUGCUCCAAAGCAAAUAACCUUACCGGCCAGUUCGGAGAGUUAUCAUCCAAUAUGUCACUGCCUCCUGAUUCUUCCCAUUGUCACGGCAGUUAAUAUUAUUAUAAACUGCCUGGGUGAUGACUGUGAACAUCUGUGUGGGGGAUGCUCAAUUCUCCACACGCUAUUGGAAUUCAGACCUCCACUGGCCCCCUAACUGCCUGGCUCACUCCCUGGCCAGCCUUCACCGCCUUUUCUCCUUCACCUUUUGUCAUCUUUCUUUGGUUAUCUCACAUGUUCACGUCUAUGUUCUCCACCAGCUUUCUGGCAGGUGCACGUGCACACAUAAACAUAUGUCAACAGUACAAAAGCCUAACUUGGCAUCCAGGGAAUUUUUUAUUCUGUGCUACCUGGAAUGACUACAAAAGUACAAUGCAGAGCUAUGCAUGCCAUGUGAAGGCUGCUUGCUGUUCAUGUUCAUAAAAAGGCUAUAAUAAGCUCUUGGCGUGUGAACGCAACCUUUUGACACAUUUCAACUCAGUUCAAAUAAGUAAGAACAAAGGAGGUUGUGUAUACAAUGAGUAUGAGUGACAGGAAUCACCAUUCAAGCUUAAAAUACUCGAGUUUUUCUUAUUAUUGUAUUAGACCAGAGUUUGUUGAAAGAAGAGAAGCAUACCUUGGUAAAUUCACUGAUUUGCUUCAUAGCCUUUGAAUCAUAGAAGAAGACCAAUCCUACUCUCAUCUCUGUAUGGAGGUGCCAGUAUAGUUGUGUCUCCAUCACACAAUUCACCAUUUUAUGGGGUUAUCGUGGAUGUUUAUCAGGACUCUGUGAAGGGAAAUGUCUCACUUGGCAACAAAAACACACCUUGCACACAACACCUAUUAAACAAAGUGCAGUUUUGACGCUUGAGUUUUUGCAACUCAGACCAACAAAUGUGCUAAUUGGUGAAGUUUAGAGACACAAGGAUUUAUUUGUGUAACAAAACCAACCGCACAGUCUACAUGAAAGUGGACCUGUUGUGCUCGUUUCUAGCGCCGUAUUUCUAUUCUUGCAUUCAACCAGAGAAACUUUGAUCAAAAUAAAUAAAUAAAUAAAUAAAUAAAUUCUGAUUUGUGUAGUAAAAGCUCUGGAUGCACACACCUCAUUCACCUGCUAUGUCAAACAAAACUUUUUAAGUUCUUAUUACUUUAAGGCCACAGUUUUAAUUGAUUGGCUGCCCCUCUCAGUCAGAAGAUUUAAACAGCAGGUGAGUGUGGUCUCUCUACUCAGAGGGUUAGUUAGCAGCCCUUCUCUAUGACAUCAUGUAGUGCCAAGAGUAAAACAAGAGAUUUAGGGGUGUUGCAGGGAAUACUUACACACACACUGAUCACAUUAUUUAAAAGACUGACCCUGUAACACUACAGAUAUGACUGGCCCACUUUAACAUGGCAUUUUCAGGGAUCUGAAUUUUCUUUUUUUCACCUAUUAUAAAAAAAAGAAUUACGACAGGCCUGUUCAGAGACCUCAUGGUAUUUGACCAGGUGGUUAACAGCAAUCUGUGGGCUUUAAAUCCAGUCAAAGUAUUGCACAUCUAAAGGCUGGCACUCCUACACCACAAGACCUUUGCAAGCUGCCCUGUGGGAGCAAUGUCUCUCCAGCUCGAGUGGGCAGACAAAAGGUGAGCAGGCUGAGAGGGCGCUGCAGCAUAAGCACCAUCUGUCUGGGUCAGCAUACCUCCAUGGCAAUCUAGUGAGCACAAGUUAAAAGUUCAGACAAAGCCUUCAAUUUGGCCUCUUGCUUAAGAUGCAUCUGUGGCUGUUGCAGCCCCAGACAGGAUAUGUUAGGUCCCUGCAAGGCUUUCCGGUCCUGUGGAGGCAGUGCAGCAGUAUGGCAUGGCGCAGCAGAUCAGUAAAGGGAACGGAUGUUGGCUGUGAAGUUAAUGUCUCGGCAGGGUGUUCAAGAGCAGGCUGUAAGGCAUAAUGGCCAAGGUGCAACCCACUGAGAGCUGAUUGUGUGUCUGGGGCCCGGUCCUGCUGUCGUCUGUGUUCAAUGGGAUGUGAGUGUGAAGGAGUGCUGCUGCAGUUAUGUUUGUUAGUAGUGCAGCAGCUGGUUUUGCAUCCAUAGAAGGAAAACUGCUGGAAUCCUUCUGCAUUGCUGAAAGAAAGAAAGAAAGAAAGA